AAAUUUCUAAUUUACUCGAAUUAUAUAUAAACCUUAAUAUGAAAAAUAAUUUCUCAGGUUCUAAAAGUCAGCAUCAAAAUAAAAUGAAACCAAUUAAUUACAAAAAUUAUAAUAGUUAUCAAUCUAUUGCUGCACCAAAUUUUAAUCCCAAUCUUAUUAAUCAAAAUAAUAACAAAGUUAUAGAUAUCAAUAAUGGCCUAUCAAAAUCCAUUGACCAAAUUAAAUUACAUAAAACACCAUAUAGUUUCUCAAAGCCUAAGACCAAAUAUUUUGCACUAGACACUAAAAAUAGUAUAAUAGAUAAUAUUUUGGAUCAAAAUAAUAGAUUAAUUGUUGAUAUACUCAAUACUUAUUCAGCCUCUACAUCUAUCAAGGAUGAUUUAAUAUGUAUAGGCAAUAUAUUCUCUAUAAAUGAUAAGUAUGGAUUUAUCAAAAAAAUAGAAUCUGGUCAUUUUAAUUUGAAUGAUUCUUUAUCUAAAGGCAAUAACCAAAGAAAUUACAAGAUAUAUCCUACCAAAAAACAUUUAAAUUCUGAAAGCUUUUACUUUCGUAGACUCGAUAUAAAUGGUUAUAUCAAGGACUUGGUCAUUAAUGAUGUUGUCAUAUUUAGGGUCAAAAUGAGGGAAUCAGCCUCAAAGGUUGACAACCCUUAUGAGGUCUAUGUCGACAAAAAUAAGAGGGCCAUCGAUGUCAUGUUACUGGGCGAUAUGUACAACUCGGGAUUCGGCGUACCGCGCUUGGUCGGGAAAAUUGUUGGCGGACCUGGUUGCCCGAAGAAAGACGAGAUUUUGGGAACACGUGAUGGGAGUAACAUCGGGGAACAUAAGAUGGAUGAUGAUCAGUGGCUCUUGGAGUACGAAUGGUUGGGAGAAAGGAGAACUACGUUCUUUAGCAUGCAGGAUAUCUAUCCAACCUUUCGACACAAUUUUCGUGCCGCCCAACAGGAAGACCCCGUAUACGUGUCCUUCGAUAUCGUGGCGUAUCCCUGUUUGGAAUCUAUCAGGCACGCCUACAACAUCAAGAUAUUUGGCUCGGAUAACGGAUCUUCUGACCAAGAUAACUGGAACGUUUUUUACACCGGAACGAUCAUAGGAAGCGAGCCGAAGCGCGAUAUUGUAAAGAUUCGGGUGACGAGUAUAGGCGGUAACACCGUCAGCGCCGGAACUGAGCUGUCUUUCCCUUUCGAAGACAUGGCAUGUGUCAUCCCGUCUUACCUUGACGAUCAUGCCAAUAUGUUCGGCGAUCAUAACCCAAAUCGCCCCCGUAAUCUUGAACUGCGUUGCGCGAUGAAGCCCGGACAAGAUAUCGCGUUUACCGUCGAAAGACAUACUCAAGACGACAGAAUGCUGUUGAAGAAUCUCCUGUUCAUAAACUGCAAGGAGUCCCUUCAAGCUAGGUACGCUGGGACUUUAGUUAAGCCCGCCGACAUGUACGGCGAUCACAAUCUGACGGGACUGAUAGACCUAAACUCCACUAGCAUUCCUUUCAUUGUUCAAUACGCGAUUAUCAAUGUGGACGCAAUCGACACUACGAAUCCCUAUGAUCGUUCGCGAAAUUUUCACGAUUACAAUAUUCACGGAUCUCAGAAUCACGCUAGUGGGGACCAUAACGAAAUCUGCGAUAAGGGGGCUGAUGACAACAAUAUCGUCGAAGAGACCUUCCACGGGGAUACCGUUACUUUUAGCCUAAAGUCUGAGUCGGGUGAUGCCAACGAAAAUGGUGAUCUCCAUCUCAUGGCCCGCGAUAUGAUUUUGUCACUCGAUACUUUGGCCAAGAGCUCCAAUGAAACCCGUUAUAACGGUUACUUCGUCAAAACUUACGAGAGUCAAUUGAAGUUGAUGGUUAUUAUGCCCUUUCCGCGGUCUUCAGACGCUACCGCAGAAAUUCCGUACCGCUACAAGUAUAUGCUAUUGCCUUACAAUCCCGACGCUUGCAACUUUCAACCGGAAGCGAUUGACGCGAAUUUUGUUAAACUGUACCAAGUUACUGUGAGCGAAACCCUAUCUCAUCGCUUGCCAGAUUAUCCCGAUUACAACGGUUCCAUACUAUGUCCUUUGGCGGUCAGAAUUUGUGAGUCGUCUGAUACCGAUAAUGGCGCGGAACCGCGGGCCAAUUCUUUAGCCGAUAUCAAGGACGCGGUGAUUGGAAGAGGCGGAAUUGACCGUGACGACGAGAGCUCGACCAACGCUAAUUUUGAGGACAAAAUUUACUUGGGAUUCGUCGAUUAUAAUUACUAUCCCAAAAGCCCUCAGCAGGAUAAUAGCGGUGCCUCAAACGAUUCCAAGGAUCCAAAGAAUAACGCUUCUUCACCCAGAUGUCGGUACGAUAAAUUGUUCGAGUGUUACGAAAAAUUAACCUCCAAUAACUAUCACAUGGUUAAGGGAAUCAGGUACUUGGAGAUGACCCAAUUUUUAUCCGACGCCUUUGAAUAUGAUGACGACUGUUCCUUCAAAUCCAAAAUAUCGGCCGCCUUUUCGGAGCCCUCGUUUCGCGAAAUAUUAACACUCGCCCUUCGAGAAUACGAACAUUUUUUUACUGGCAAUAAUUUCAACAAAUCGUCCAACCAUUUUAACACGCACGCGCUGUCCGACAUGUUCAACCAAUCCUCGUUGCUAUUAACCCUUUGGGACUUUGUAUACGACAACGCUCUCGAUUAUUCCUGCCAUUCGCACGAGCGCCGGGACGCCCGAGAUGAUAAUCUUUCCGAGAUCGCCGGAAAUGGCGUAUCUAAAUGUCGCGACGAAAUUUUAGGAUUUCUGCCCUUCGACACCUACAACAUAAACGUGAAGGCUUGCGGAACUUUGGUCGUAUUCAAAAUGAGGGAACGCCCCAGAGUUGAUCACGUGCUUGACGUUAAGCUCCUGCCCUAUGACCUCUUUCAAACUAAUACCACGUACCGGGGUUAUCUGGUCCACUCGAAACGAAAACCAAAAUUUAGCGAUAAUUCGAACGGCUCCUUUAGUCACAAAAAUCAAGUCAAGUGCGAUUAUUUAGUGUUACACGAUCAUUCCCACAUUAUGCCGAUUCGAAGCUUUACCAGCCAAAUAAGAAAUAAAAGUUUCCCCCAAGGGCAGCACUUUUAUUGCAUGAUAGAUACGACGAUGCCACCCCAUUUCCUCUAUUACACGUUCCCGUUUAACAAUACGCCUAUAGCUCACGGAGUUUUCAUGCAUAAAAGGUUCGACAAAGCGGACGAUUGGGACGCUCCGCUCACGCCGCCAAAUACGAAUUUAAGGUAUUACGGAAUAGUAACGAGACUCAACGGCGAUCAAAAUGCGUUCAAGGUAUCCUACGGCGGUACGCUCAAAAUUCUGAUCGUCGUUCACGGGGAUUUCAAAAUUUGCUUCGAUGGCAAUCAAGAAAUCGCGUUUUAUUUCGCCGAUUUUGUCCCCAACGAUGACAGUAACAAGAAUAAUGGAUACACCGUUGCCAAGCUGCACGAUAUCUUAGAGUUCGCCCUGCCGAUUGAUUCGGAAUACCAAUUCUUCGACGAAGACGUGUCCGCGGGCUCAGGAAAGACGAAGGAGGGGGUAGCAGUUAGGCUUCGGGCUAUUGAUUUAAAACUUUUGGAACCGUUGGAAUACGUCUUGGAGGAUUUCGAUAAGGAAAAUCGGAUGAUGCACCUAAGUAAUGUGCUGGACAAUAGACUCACUCCUCGACAAUUAAGUAUGGCGAAUAUAAUAAUUUCCCGCUUCGACUUGAAGGGGUAUCAAGCUCUUAAAGCGGAGGAUUUAGCGAAAGGGGAUAUCGUGCAAUGCUGGUCGGUCGAUAUCCAAAAUAAGACCGUUGUGCUAAAUGCUGCCAAAAAACCUAGUUAUUUUGAUUCCCAGAUUCCGUGGAACAAGAAUGACGACAAGCCAUGGAAAAGGGGCGGAUCAAAGGAUUACGAUACCCCGUCGCAUUUUAUCAUCAACCAUAAACCUGCUCACGAAAAUGGCGAUGUGAAAACUGUAGAGAAGACUGAAUAUGAUGGGGACGCGUGUUUAAUUAGAUUACCUAUUCAACCAUCCACCGACGAAAAUGAUAAAGGGUUUAAACUGCACAGGAACGUCGAAUGAUAAAAGAAAAGAA